AUGAUCUUCCCAAUGCUAGGUCUACUCCGCACCAGUUCAAGGCUUCGCCCGUCUUCCCAUCUACCCACAACCUUCGAAUAUUCUACUAUUCAGCAUGUGCGAAAGACCCAUACCCAAUAUCCUCCGAGAAAGAAUACGGGUACAUUGCAGGGAUUGAGGGUGCUAGAUCUUACGCGGGUGCUAGCUGGUCCAUUCUGUAGCCAGAUCCUAGCCGACUACGGCGCCGAUGUGAUCAAAGUGGAGCAGCCUCAAAGCGGGGACGAUACUCGACUGUGGCGAGAGGACGGAGAAGAGAAGUUCUGGAAGCCCGACGCCUCCAGGACGUCUCUCUACUUCAACACCAUCAAUAGGAACAAACGAUCUAUUUCUCUGAAUCUGAAACAUCCUGAUGGAAGAAAGAUCGCGCUUGAUCUCGCCAAGACUUCGGAUGUUGUGAUCGAGAAUUUUAUCCCCGGGAAACUUGAUAAGCUAGGGCUGGGGUUUGAGGACCUGAAAAAGGUCAAUCCAUCGAUUAUCCUCGCCAGUAUAUCCGGAUAUGGUGGCGAUGGCCCCUACGCGCAGAGAGCCGGAUAUGAUGUUAUCGGAGCCGCAGAGGGCGGCUUGCUUCACAUUACAGGGGAAGCAGAUGGACCCCCGACGAAACCUGGAGUUGGAUUGAUGGACAUGUGCACGGGGCUCUAUGUUCACGGCGCCAUAUUAUCCGCCCUCUAUGCAAGAGACCGAACAGGCCAGGGUCAAAAGAUCGAAGCAUCGCUAUUUGAAACCACAGUCUCAAUCAUGUCCAAUGUGGGAAUGUCGUGGAUGAACCUAUCGAAAGAAGCCCAGCGCUGGGGCACCGGACAUCCGACCAUUGUUCCAUACGAAGCAUUCAAAACGAAGGAUUCGUAUCUCGUUGCCGGGGCUGUGAAUGAUAGGCAGUUCAAGAUCUUUUGUGAGCGGGUGGGUAUCGAGGAACUCAUACGUGAUCCACGGUUCAGGGACAACAAUAGCCGGAUCAAGCACAGGGCGGCUCUGAAGCCCAUUUUAGACAAGGCCUUCUCUCUCAGGACAACUAAAGAGUGGGAGGCUGUUUUCGAAGGAAGUGGAAUGCCGUAUGGGCCGAUCAAUAAUCUAGAGAAUGUCUUCUCCCACCCUCAGACUAUUGCAAGAGAUAUGGUACAGACUAUUAAGCAGCCUGCAGCCACUGCGGGAGAGAUCAAGGUUAUUGGUUCGCCAGUCAAAUUCAGCCAUUCACAACCUACAAUUCGAGAAUGCCCGCCGUCACUUGGCCAACAUACAGAGGAAAUACUGAGCGAGCAGGGGUUUAGUGAUACCGAGGUCUCCCUGUUACGCAGAAGCGGUGUUAUUUAG